CCGAGCGGGGCCUGGGGGUGCGACGCCGAGGGCGGGGGAGCGCGCGCCGCUGCUCCGGACCGGGCCGCGCGCGCCGCCUCAGGAGCCAUCAGCGUUGCCGGGACCUGACAGAACCCCCUGCCAGCUACUGGGCACCUGUCCUUGUGGCCUCUGCUAUCCAGAACGACCGGGACUUUGAAGUCUGACCGUCUUUCAGCUGCAGCCAUGGGGUCUGAGGACCACGGGGCCCAGAACCCGAGCUGUAAGAUCAUGACGUUCCGCCCCACCAUGGAAGAAUUCAAGGACUUCAAUAAAUAUGUGGCCUACAUCGAGUCCCAGGGAGCCCACCGGGCGGGCCUGGCCAAGAUCAUCCCCCCGAAGGAGUGGAAGCCGAGGCAGACGUACGACGACAUCGACGACGUGGUCAUCCCGGCCCCCAUCCAGCAGGUGGUGACGGGCCAGUCGGGCCUCUUCACGCAGUACAACAUCCAGAAGAAGGCCAUGACGGUCGGGGAGUACCGCCGCCUGGCCAACAGCGAGAAGUACUGCACCCCGCGGCACCAGGACUUUGACGACCUAGAGCGCAAGUACUGGAAGAACCUCACCUUCGUGUCUCCCAUCUACGGGGCUGACAUCAGUGGCUCCCUGUACGAUGACGACGUGGCCCAGUGGAACAUCGGGAGCCUGCGGACCAUCCUGGACAUGGUGGAGCGCGAGUGCGGCACCAUCAUCGAGGGUGUCAACACCCCCUACCUGUACUUCGGCAUGUGGAAGACCACCUUCGCCUGGCACACGGAGGACAUGGACCUGUACAGCAUCAACUACCUGCACUUCGGGGAGCCCAAGUCCUGGUACGCCAUCCCGCCGGAGCACGGCAAGCGCCUGGAGCGGCUGGCCAUCGGGUUCUUCCCCGGGAGCUCCCAGGGCUGCGACGCCUUCCUGCGGCACAAGAUGACCCUCAUCUCGCCCAUCAUACUCAAGAAGUACGGGAUCCCGUUCAGCCGGAUUACACAGGAAGCCGGCGAGUUCAUGAUCACGUUCCCCUAUGGCUACCAUGCUGGGUUCAAUCACGGGUUCAACUGUGCGGAGUCCACCAACUUCGCCACCCUGCGGUGGAUUGACUACGGCAAGGUGGCCAGCCAGUGCACGUGCCGGAAGGACAUGGUCAAGAUCUCCAUGGACGUCUUUGUGCGCAUCCUGCAGCCCGAGCGGUACGAGCUGUGGAAGCAAGGCAAAGACCUCACCGUGCUCGACCACACUCGGCCCACGGCCCUGAGCAGCCCGGAGCUGAGCACCUGGAGCGCCUCUCGGGCCUCGCUCAAGGCCAAGCUCCUGCGCAGACAAAUUAGUCUGAAAGAAAACAGACACUGGAGAAAGACCGAGGAGGACAGGAAGGCCAGUCUAGACAGGAAGAAAGAGCAGACCAGGAGGCCGGGGCCGCCGUCCCACCGGAAACGGAGCCAGCCCAAGAAGCCCAAGCCGGAAGACCCCAAGUCCCCCGGGGAGGGGGCUGCCGGGGCCGCCCUCCUGGAGGAGGCUGGUGGCUUGAAGGAGGAGACCUCACAGGAGGCUGACCCCGAGGAGGAGGAGGAGGAGGAGACCCAGCCAAUGCCACCCCAGGGCCGGGAGGCUGAGGCCACAGAAGAAGACGGAAGGGGCAAGCUGCGGCCAGCCAAGGCCAGGAGCGACAGGAAGAAGAAGAGCUAUGGCCCCCUGCACCCGCACCACACCCUCCUGCCCCAGCUGCCUCCCCCACCCACUCAGUUCCCCGCCGAGGAGGCACCCAGGCUGCCGCCCCUGGAGUCCCCGGUGCUUGCCCCAGGCCCCGCCCUGGCCGACGGGACGCCCCCACCGCCACCUCUCAACGUCGUGCCCCCCGAGGCGCCUGGCCAGGAGCCAGAGGUGAAGCCGCGCCCCAUCAUCCCCAUGCUAUAUGUGGUGCCGCGGCCCAGCACGCUGUGUGACAAGGGCCGCGUGUCCUGCCAGCAGGCCUUUGAGCACUUUGCCCAGAGGGGCCCCACCUGGAAGGAACAGGCGGCCCCCAUGGAGCUGACGGGUCCCGAGGAGGAAGGCGGAGCCAGAGAGGUGCAGGCACCGUCCACGUUUUCCAAAUUGAAGAUGGAGAUCAAGAAGAGCAGGCGGCACCCCCUGGGCAAGCCGCCCACCCGCUCCCCGCUGACCGUGGUCAAGCAGGAGGCCUCUAGUGACGAGGAAGCCUUCCCUUUCUCCGGGGAGGAGGACAUGAGUGACCCCGAGGCCUUGAGGUCUUUGCUCUCCCUGCAGUGGAAGAACAAGGCUGCCAGCUUCCAGGCUGAGAGGAAGUUCAACGCAGCGGCCGCCCUGACCGAGCCCUACUGCGCCAUCUGCACCCUCUUCUACCCUUACACCCAGGCUCUACAGACCGAGAAGGAGGCUCCCCAGGCCUCCCUUGGGGAGGGUCCCUCGGUGGCCCCCCCAUCCAAAAGUGGCCAGAAGACACGGCCACUGAUCCCCGAGAUGUGCUUCACGUCGGGCGGUGAGAACACAGAGCCCCUCCCGGCCAAUUCCUACAUCGGCGACGACGGGACCAGCCUGCUGAUCGCCUGUGCCAAGUGCUGCCUGCAGGUCCAUGCCAGUUGCUACGGCAUCCGCCCUGAGCUGGUCAAUGAGGGCUGGACGUGUUCCCGCUGCACGGCCCACGCCUGGACCGCGGAGUGCUGUCUUUGUAACCUCCGGGGCGGAGCCCUGCAGAUGACCACCGACCGCAGGUGGAUCCACGUGAUCUGUGCCAUCGCAGUCCCUGAAGUGCGUUUCCUGAACGUGAUGGAGCGCCACCCCGUGGACAUCAGCGGGAUCCCCGAGCAGCGGUGGAAGCUGAAAUGCGUGUACUGCCGGAAACGGAUGAAGAAGGUGUCGGGAGCCUGCAUCCAGUGCUCCUGCGAGCACUGCUCCACCUCCUUCCACGUGACCUGCGCCCACGCUGCCGGGGUCCUCAUGGAGCCUGACGACUGGCCCUACGUUGUCUCCAUUACCUGCUUCAAGCACAAGUCAGGGGGCCACACCGUCCAGUUCCUGAGGGCCGUGUCCUUAGGCCAGAUGGUCAUCACCAAGAACCGCAACGGGCUCUACUACCGGUGCCGGGUCAUCGGCACCAGCACGCAAACCUUCUACGAAGUGAACUUUGACGAUGGGUCCUACAGUGACAACCUGUACCCGGAGAGCAUCACUAGUAGGGACUGUGUCCGGCUCGGACCCCCGCCUGAGGGGGAGUUUGUUGAGCUGCGGUGGGCGGAUGGCAACAUGUACAAGGCCAGGUUCAUUUCCUCCGUGACGAGCCACGUCUAUCAGGUGGAGUUUGAGGACGGGUCGCAGCUGACGGUGAAGCGUGGGGACAUCUUCACCCUGGACGAGGCUCUCCCCAAGAGGGUCCGGUCGCGACUGUCGCUCAGCACGGGGGCACCUCAGGAGAACAUCUUCUCUGGAGAGGAGGUGAAGGCCGCCAAGCGCCCGCGGGUGGGCACCCCGCGCGCCCCCGAGGACUCAGGGCGGAACCCGGACUACCUGGCGUUCAUGGAGAGCCUCCUGCAGGCGCAGUGCGGGCCUGGGGCCUCCUUCUAGGACAGCCGCGCCGACGACCCCGCGGCCCAGCAAGGCAGGCGGCGGCCAGCCCUGGCGUUUGCUUGCUGUGAAGUCCUGUCUUCGCCGCCCCCCCCUCCCCCAGAGGCUACCUCUGCGAGGCCGCCCCGCUCUGCGGCGACAGGAGCCAGCAGGCCACCGGCGCGUGGCCCAGGACUCAGGGAGCAGGGUCACGCGGGCUCUGGGGCGCCGGCCGAGGACCCGCGCCACCCCCACUCCUCGGAUUCGUAAACCACGUAAGCUCUUCUUCUCGAAAAGGUGCUACUGCUUUGCCCGCCUCCCCAGCAGCCUUGGAGAUUGUGACUUGUGUACAUACAUCACCUUUGUGAGGCUCUUUCUAGAAAUACCUAUUGUUUAAAAAAAAAAAUACGAGGAAAAAACGGAAAACAAAGAAAAGGAAAAAAAAAUCCCUAAAGUUGUUUUCUAGAUUUGUGGCUUUAAAAACAAAACAAAACACAAACGUUCUUUUUCUCAGAACCAAGAUCCGCUGAGGGAGAUAAAAGCAUCUCGGUUUUUUGUUGGUUUGUUUGUCGUUGUUUUAAAACCUUGCUAGUGUACGCGAGCGGCCGGGCAGGGUGCUGGGGACAGCGCGACAGGCGUCCGCCGGCCCCUCCUCUCCCGGACUCAGCGGAGGUCUGGGCGGCUGGCCCCGCCUCCGAGCCGCUGGCCCCGCCUCCGGGCCGCUGGCCCCGCCCUCUGGGCGGCUGGCCCCGCCUCCUGGGCCGCGGACAGGAGGCGGCGGCAGCUCCCUUGGGGGGCGACCACCCGCUGCCGGGGUCCAGGAGCCCACUCGGGUCCGCGCACGCCUUCACGAAAUAAACACUCUCCUGGUUUGCGCCAUCUUCUGCUUCCUCCCCUCGUGACCGCACGGCCGUUGGGGCCUCCAGUGUUUGAAAAAGGCUCUGUGUCCCCAGAGUGUCCCCGGCGCCGGCCAGGCCUCCCGCGGCCCUCCCGGCGUGUGCGUGGCCGGGCGUCUGUUCUCUGGCAAGCGUGGGGGACAUCCUUGGCUGUCUGGGGAGGGAGGACAUGGAGCCGGCCACCCCCUCCCCCUCUCCCCCACCCCCACCCCCCCGUGGCUCAAGCCCGGCUGUGCCCCGUGUCCCCAAGCUCUGGCCGGCCACUGCCCCACCUGCGCGGGGGCGCCUGCCUUGGACCCCGAGGGGCCAGUGACAUCCGUGUCCUGCUUAAGAAGCAUGGAUUUGUGUGUGGGGGACACUGCUGUCAGCACGGGGAACCCGGGAUUUGCGAGGCGCUCUUGUGAGGGACUCCGGACCCUCACCCACCUGCCGCAGGGAGCCUUGCCCGCCGCGGCGGCCCCUGCCGUCCUGCCCGGAAUCGCCCGUAGAAUCUGCUCGUGUAAAAAGUUGAACAGUGUUCUGAUUGCCAGGCCGGAGAGAUCUCUAUAAGGAGAACAGAAAGAAUGUAAAUGAGCCAGGAACCUUUCAUUUCUUCGGUGGGGGCGGGGGGGGGGGCAGGUGCCCUGGAGCAGGGGCAGGGGCGGGAGGUGCGAGGGGAGUCAGCCGGGUUGUGGGGGUCCCCUCUGCAUGCGGCAGCCCCGCCCGGGCGCGGGCACUGUGUUCAUAUGUAGUUUGCAAAUGCUAUUUAUAUUGUAAAGAGAGGAGAAGAAGCGGGCUGGCCCUCGGGGCGGGGCGAGGGGGGUGGGCCAGACCCAGGCAGGGUUGGCCUGGGCCUGGGCCUGGGGUGACGCGCAGAUACGCCAAGGCUCCGCGUAGGGGAAACGCACACUUCCCCACAAAGGCAUACCCGUGUCUCUGUACAAAAACGGAAAACAAAAAAUCCCACCCACCCUGAUUUUUCUCCCACCCAAGAUUAAGGAUGCGCUGUAUUUUUGCCUAAUCCCCCGCCUCUAGGUUCAUAAUGAAUUAAAGGCUCGUGAGCACUGCGAAAUACA